AUGAUCGGAGGAGCAGAAGAGUGGGAAGUCAAAGAAAUUGUGAAGGAACGGAACAUCGGCCAAGGGAAGCAGUACUUGGUCAAAUGGAAGGGAUGGCCACAUAGCGAGAAUACAUGGGAACCAUCACAUCAUCUUACCCAUGCAAAGAAGGUCCUGAGGGCUUGGCAGAGGAAACAAUCUGACCCAGACACAUGCAUUUGUUUCCUGCCAACACUCAAAGCUGGACAUUGGGACUAUCUCAUUCACUGCUACAAACCCAAAGACGAGUGCCUCCCAUAUCCCCAACAACAACUCUUUGACCCUUACAAAAAUGUCUUCACACCCAUUGGCCCAGUCAAUGAGGACAUCGACCCUAGAGAGGGGGUAAUGUCAUAG